GGAAAGAUAUGCAAAAGAAAAAAGGUGCAAAAGUUUAAUAACAUUGACAACUAUAAACAGAGUUAUCUUUUCUGAACAGCAGCAUAAGCAAAAUAUUAAAUCAAUGUUAUAGGUUUUCUUCUUCAUGGAUGUAGGGGUGACAAUAGCCUGAAGUGAAAAACAGUGAACAGUUGUUGAACAUCUUAUGAAAGACAUUAAGGCAAAUGCACGUUUUCUGUUGUGUUGGCAAUCUACUUUCGUCAUAAGAAUUUGAAUAUACAUCAAGAAAGCUAUCUUUCCUGAACUAGCAUUAGCAACAUAGAUGCCCAAUAGUCUGUAAUGAAAAACAGUGAACAGUUGUUCAACGCCUUGUAAAAGACGUUAAGGCAAAUUCAUGUGCUCUGUUCUGUGGGCUGUUUACUUUCGUCAUAAGAAUUUGAAUAUACAUCAAGAAAGCUAUCUUUCCUGAACUAGCAUUAGCAACAUAGAUGCCCAAUAGUCUGUAAUGAAAAACAGUGAACAGUUGUUCAACGCCUUGUAAAAGACGUUAAGGCAAAUUCAUGUGCUCUGUUCUGUGGGCUGUUUACUUUCGUCAUAAGAAUUUGAAUAUACAUCAAGAAAGCUAUCUUUCCUGAACUGUAGCAUUAGCAAAAUGGAUGGAAAUGGCCUUGGAUGAAAAACAGUGAACAGUUGUUGAACAUCUUAUGAAAGACAUUAAGGCAAAUGCACGUUUUCUGUUGUGUUGGCAAUCUACUUUCGUCAUAAGAAUUUGAAUAUACAUCAAGAAAGCUAUCUUUCCUGAACUGUAGCAUUAGCAAAAUGGAUGGAAAUGGCCUUGGAUGAAAAACAGUGAACAGUUGUUGAACAUCUUAUGAAAGACGUUAAGGCAAAUGCAUGUGCUCUGUUGCGUGGGCCGUCUACUUUCGUCAUAAGAAUUUGAAUAUACAUCAAGAAAGCUAUCUUUCCUGAACUGUAGCACUAGCAACAUGGAUGGAAAUGGCCUUGGAUGAAAAACAGUGAACAGUUGUUGAACACCUUGUAAAAGACAUUAAGGCAAAUGCAUGUGCUCUGUUGUGUGGGCCGUUUACUUUCGUCAUAAGAAUUUGAAUAUACAUCAAGAAAGCCAUCUUUCCUGAACUGUAGCAUUAGCAACAUGGAUGCAAAUAGUUUGGAAUGAAAAACAGUGAACAGUUGUUGAACACCUUGUAAAAGACAUUCAGGUAAAUGCAUGUACUCUGUUCUCUGCCCAUCGCAAGUGAUGUCGCUAUUGGAAAAAGAAACUGUCAUUCCUGAAACUUUAACCGAUAGAAGAAAUUACAAGUUCCAAAAAUAUGGAACUCGAUUACCAAACCUUAUUUGGAAGAAAUACAACAAUAUGACAUAAAUCAUUUCCCAUAAUUGUAACAGUUGUAACUGGAACUGCCGGAGCUGUCUGGAUCCGCCCAUGCAGCAACCAACGAGAAAUGAGUGAGAAAAGACUGCUAUCAGGCGUGGUUUUCAGUCAGAUCAACUUCAGUAGCAUUUGGGCAACAAAAACAGUAAUGGUUGUUUCAGUGACCCCGGCAUCAUAAUGAGGUCAUAAUUUUUGCUACAUCGCAAGUGACGAACAAUUGAACGGUCCAUCACUGCAAUCAGUCGUCAAAAAGGAGCUGCACCUGGUCUUAUAUGACAGGUCCCAAACUCAACUUUGGUCUUGAUCACGCGCUGCGAACAAAUGUUGAAAUCGCUUUGGUCGCAAUGAACAUAUCCUAGUUCGCGCGAACAAGCAGGUUACAAUGUAACAAUAAAGUAGUACGAAACAAGCAAAGGCUGUUGCACAGCAACGGUCGUAUGGAUACGGGGAAUUAGCGGUCAGUCAAAGCAACUGCAACAGAUAGAAUCAUGAUAGUAGUACGCAGAGACAGACGUCAUAAAAGGGCCUAGGCAAAACACUGCUGGUAGAUUCCAUAGUCACGAGUCUGUAUGCAAGAUGCAAAACACAUUGUCACAAGAUGGCUUGGUCAGUUGCCAUUAAAACCGCGAAACAAAAGGUUUUCAGCGACCAAAUUACGCGGCUGUUGUUUUCAAGCAUUAGAGAAAACAUGUCGAGUUGCCCUCAUGCUAGAAAUUUUCACUGGGUUCCAGUCCCAACAGCAAAAGCCAGUCAUUUGCAUGGACAGGAGCAAGAUGAUUUCCAACAUCUAAUGCUCGAGUUCACAGAUCCACAGCCAGGCGGUGUGAAAGUGGGGCAGGCUGCCAAAAUCCUGGAUAAUGUUUGCUCACCAGAGAGACUAGUAGAAGGGAUCAACAAGCUUACUUCUGGGCAUUCAUCUGUAGGAAUACUUUUUAAUAAUUUCGAUGGAGACGUCAUCGGAAACUGGGGUAGAGAGGGUGCAGCUCAAGCAUGGAAAGCGUACCUCAAAGGGUUUGGCAAUCUCUACUGCGACUCUCGAAACGAGGGUCGGAUAGCUAAAGGACGGCUAAAUGGGGAACGCAUUGUUUUCGUUGGGAUGCUCGAUACAGAUGACUUGCAACAAAAAGCAUUGGCACUGGCCGCAGAAAAACGAGAAGUUGAGGCGAGCAAAAAGUUAAGCGCGCUUGUAACGGAGCAUUCUUUGAGGCUUACAAACCUCGUUAAAGAAAUUAGUCGCACGUCGUUAGAAUGUCUGUUUGUUCUUAGUGGUGGAGACAAUGCGGUUUACGCAUGCGCUAAAGCAGUUAAGGCUCAAGACAACGACGUCUUAUUGUUACGACUUGACAGACAUAUGGACGAGCGCGACUUGUCACUCAGAUCAGAUCCACAAAAAGCGUCGACAGAACUACAUCCCCACAGUGGUAACGGCGUAACACAUGCGAAGUUGGAGCGGUUGAUUAAGUAUGACUUUCUCAUCGGCUGUGAUUAUGAACAUAAUAAUGAUCAGUGCAUUCGUAAUUCACAAAGAUUUAGCCAGACCUGUCUAACGUCUGUAAUCACUAUGGAGGAGAUGCGCUUUGACCCAAAAAACUUUAUCGAUGGUGUUAUCACGGAAAUCAAGGAAAUCAUGAAAGAGAAUAGUCACGUGGAUGUUAUUGUUAACAUUGACUGCGAUACGCUUAAUGGCAUUCCUUCAAGCGCUGAGACAUUUACAGGUGGACUGGAUCCGAUGUGGGGAUGUUAUCUCCUCAAAGUGCUUUCGCGGCUCCCUAGGCUGCCAAAAAUCAUUCGCAUAGCAGAAUUGCAUUAUUGUGGAGACGAACAGAGACAACGGAUUGCUAUCGAUUUUGCUGCUGAAAUUGUUAAGUCGGGCGUAAAAGCAAUUCAAGAAAUUAUUCAUUCUAAGUAGUUCGAAUGAACCACUGUGCAGUGUCAAUACGCUUGAACCAUUGUAUAUAGCACAUAGGUCUCAAUCCCAACAAAAAGUACAGGGUAUUUCGCUGAACAUUUGCAAAAGAAAAUUAAAGGGACCUUUUCAUAAAUUGAAACUCUUAACUUUGACAACAAUUUUGCUUAGCUCGGACAAGCAAUAGCUCUUCGUAUGAAUUCAACAAUUUUAGACACUUCACACUUCUAAAUAAUCGUCUUAAAAACAUUGAGCCAUGAUAAAUAGCCAUCUUCUGCAGGAGUCAUUUGCUUUAGGUAUGCUCACUGUGGUUUCGUAUGAAUUUUGCACCCAUUUUUUACAAACGUUGAAAGUUGGCCGUCUUAAAAUCAAUAAGAGGUAACUUCAAGAGACCAGUCUCAGGUCCAACAAUAGUGAUUCAGCAUGAAAAUCAUUUGACUCAGCGUUCGCCAAGAUCAACCUUUUCUUUUAUCAUCACUCGAUGCCUUUAAAAAGAAAGUCUUUCAAGAAAAGUAAAAAGAGGUAGAAACAAUUGCAAAAUGCCUCUUGUAAAACUUGUCCCAAAGUUUUAACGUAUUCCCAUCUUUUUAGGUUCCGGAAUCUAAUCCUCAAUGCUCUUUCGACUGCUUGCAGCGUUUUUCCCUACCCCAUUUGUGUUUAAUCGAACAAGAAACUUUUUGAGCGUGUAGAGGAAUAACUUCUUACCUUUGAACCUUGCUCCAUCAAGAAGGCUGUCAUUUCUGAGUGUCGUUGUUGUAUUGCAACAUCAACUGGUUCAAAACCUCCCUAAAAAGUAAUUGUUCUAAGUAUAUAUGCUUUUGACCUAAAGAGAGCUAGGGUAUAUCUGUCAACCGACUGUAUAGAUAUCUUAACAAAGAAGUAAAUUCCCUAAGAAAGUUUUCUGAUGCGGCUUUGCCACAUAACAUACAAAUAUGACAAUGUGUGACAUUCCUUUAAAAAAGAAAUAUUUUCGAACUUAUUCAAGUCAUUUGAUGAA